AUGAUCUGGGAUCUUCGUUCAGCCAAUCAGCGAAUGGUUCUGCUGCAAUGGGACAAGGUGCCCAACUUUUGCCGUAUCUGUCAUAGUGCCGAUCAUUGUAGGGCGGAUUGCCCUGAAUACAAGAAGUGGAUCCAGUGCUACCACUGUGAUGAAUAUGACAGUAAGGCUGUUUCGAAGCCCCGAAAACGGUCUCAGGAGGCAAAGACCGGUGCAUCAUCUGGUAAGAAGAAAGCCGCUCCCAAGGUCUCCAAAACUCCUCCAGUAGCUGCUGGUGCUGGUGCUGGUUCUGGUACUCCUGGUGGUGAUACUGCUGGUGGUGGUUCUCCCGGUGGUGGUGAUUCUGGUGUUGUUCCAGGUAACAAUCAAGGUGAUGGCCAAGGUGAUGGCCAAGGUGUGGUCCACAGUGGUGAACAAGGUGGUGCUGAUAGCCAAACCACUGUUCAAAAGCAAGGUGCUGAUGGGAAUGCCGACAUGGACGAGCUCCCUCUGACUCAAGACUCUGACAAUACCACUGGUACUGGGUCUAAUGAUACUGAAAUGGGGGAAUUUCCUGACAAUCCUACUAGUGCAUCCGAGAAUGGGCUGGAUCACCCAGUGAAGAAGAUAGGUAAAUUUGAUGGUGCGGAUGAUUUUACUUCUGCCAAACAACAGGCUUCAGUUACAGCAGCAGCACAGGGAUAA